AUGGCAGAGUCCUCGCAACGUCAGCCGCUCAUGGGCGACCCCAUGAUGAAGGAAUUACCGAUUGACACCCCGCUGUCCGAAAAGUGCGAGCUGAGAAUAGAGGGGAUGACCUGUGGGGCUUGCGUUGAGUCCAUCGAGGGGAUGCUCAGAGACCAGAAGGGCAUUCACUCUAUCAAGGUCGCCCUGCUCGCAGAGCGGGCGUCCGUCGAGUAUGACCCUCAAUAUUGGGAUGUUGUGAAGCUCAUUAGCGAAAUAUCCGAUAUCGGCUUCGAUGCAACCCUGAUACCACCAGCACGGGCGGAUGUCGUGCAGCUGCGAAUAUACGGCAUGACCUGCUCGUCGUGUACGAGUACCGUUGAGGCAGGCCUCUCAGCCGUACCAGGCAUCACGAAGGUUGCCGUAUCGCUGGCCACGGAGACGUGCACAGUCAACUUCGAUCGGUCCGUUGUCAUGCCGCGCGAAAUGGUUCAGCACAUAGAAGACAUGGGUUUCGAUGCCAUCCUAUCCGAUCAACAGGACGCUACGCAGCUACAAUCUCUCACCCGCAUGAAAGAGGUCAUGGAAUGGAAGUUACGCUUUAUCUGGAGUCUGACCUUCGCCAUCCCGGUCUUCUUCCUCCACAUGAUCGGCCCCAAGAUACCAGGCGUUAAACACUUCCUCGGAUGUCGUAUCUUCAAUGCGGUGUACCUCGGAGAUGUCCUUGCAUUUAUCAUCACAACGCCCGCCCAGUUCUGGAUAGGUUCCAAAUUCUAUACUAAUUCCUAUAAAUCCCUCAAGCAUCGUUCUGCAACAAUGGACGUCCUUAUUGUCCUAGGAACAUCUGCCGCCUAUUUUUAUUCUGUAUUCGCCCUAUUUUUUGCCAUGUUCAACACUACACCCGACUUCCGCCCUCAUCUCUUUUUCGAGACGAGCACUAUGUUACUCAUGUUCGUUUCUCUUGGUCGAUACCUCGAGAACAAGGCCAAGGGCAAGACCAGCGCUGCUUUGACAGACCUUAUGGCUCUCGCACCAUCCAUGGCGACAAUCUACACUGACCCGUCUUGCACACAGGAAAGGAAAAUCGCCACUGAACUCGUCGAGGUUGGUGACAUUGUCAAGCUUGUUCCGGGAGAUAAGAUACCUGCGGAUGGUAUUAUUGUGAAAGGCUCAUCCAGCGUUGACGAGAGCGCUGUCACCGGAGAGGCAUUACCAAUCACGAAGUUGGUUGGAGACCAAGUCAUUGGUGGAACCGUCAAUGGACUCGGAACGUUUGAUAUGGUCGUGACACGUGCAGGCAAGGAUACCGCCCUUUCCCAGAUCGUGCGCCUCGUCGAAGAGGCACAAACAUCGAAAGCGCCCAUUCAGGCAUUCGCAGAUAGGGUCGCUGGCUACUUCGUCCCAACCGUCAUCUCCCUCGCUGGCAUAACUUUUGUUGCAUGGCUUCUCAUUUCAACGUUUGUCGACUCCGAGAACCUUCCCGCCAUGUUCCAUAUGCACGGCACCAGCAAGCUCGGUGUAUGCCUCCAGAUGUGCAUCAGCGUCAUUGUCGUUGCGUGCCCAUGUGCACUCGGUCUAGCUACCCCCACUGCCAUCAUGGUAGGCACAGGUAUGGGCGCAAAAAACGGCAUCCUCAUCAAGGGCGGUAGGGCGCUCGAAGCAAGCAAGAGCAUCAAGAGGAUCGUGCUGGACAAGACAGGCACGGUCACACUCGGCAAACUCACAGUUGCAGGCAUGCAUUGGGUUCCAGCGGCGUCAUCGAGCCUUCUCCCGACCGAAGAGCCUUACGGAGGCGACACCGACCUGAACGGGUUUUGCGCGGACGGCAAGACUGAGAGACGCGAGAUCAUCGCCAUGGUCAGCGCCACUGAGGCUCGUUCGGAGCAUCCCCUGGCCAAAGCCAUCGCGACGUACGGCAAGGAGCUCCUCGGCUCCUCAGGACCACAAGCAGAAGUUCUUUCGUUCGAGAGCGUCACUGGGCAAGGUGUCAAGGCAGAGAUCAAGUGCCGGGGCCGAACUCACACCCUCCUCAUCGGGAAUGCGCAGUUCGCCACCCGUAGCGCCUCUGGGACAACCGACGCCGAGACAGCCGCGCACCAAUACAUCCCGCCCGGGCUCGCGGUAUACGAGAAGCAGGAGACCAAGAUCGGCCGGACGGUUAUCUUCGUCGCUCUCCUCUCGGACAAGAGCAAGACCUACCCACACCCGCAGCCCCUUCUUGCUGUCUCGCUCGCCGAUGCGCCAAAGCCGAGCAGUCGACAGGCGAUUCGGGCUCUGCAGAAUAUGGGGAUUGAGGUAAAUAUGAUGACGGGUGAUGGGAAGGCGACGGCAGUAGCGAUUGCGAAGCAGGUUGGGAUUCACCCAAGUGGGGUGUGGGCGGGUAUGAGUCCCAAGGGUAAAGCGGCGAUGGUGUCUGAGCUUAUGGAGAAGGAUGGUGGUGGUGUUGCGAUGGUUGGCGAUGGUAUUAACGACUCUCCAGCCCUCGUCGCCGCCACGGUCGGUAUUGCCCUCUCCUCCGGCACCUCGGUAGCAAUCGAAGCUGCGGACAUCGUUCUCAUGCGCUCCGACCUCCUCGACGUCGUUGCGGCGCUGAACCUCUCACGCAAGAUCUUCUCCGUCAUCCGCAGAAACCUUAUCUGGGCUUGCAUUUACAACGUGCUCGGCAUCCCGCUCGCAAUGGGCGUCUUCCUUCCUCUUGGUCUGUACAUGCAUCCCAUGGUCGCAGGCGCUGCAAUGGCGUUCUCGUCCGUCAGCGUUGUCACGUCGUCGCUAACCCUCAAAUGGUGGCGCCGCCCUACGGACAGUAUCAUGCACAGCGAUGGAGGUGCAACGCUAGGCCAAGGCAUCGCGUUAGCACCUACGCCUGCUACCGGGGCGAGCUGGACAGGCAUGUUCCUAGAUAGUGCUGCGAGUGUGCUAGAUAGUGCGAGAGUCAGGGCGUUCGGCGGCCUCUUCAGUGCCGGCGAAGGUAGACGUGGGGAGGAGUAUGGUUAUAGCCAGCUGCCCGUUGAGAUGGACUCUAGAAGUCCAGUGUAA